UACAGCAAACCUAUCCAGGUUGGAGUAAUUGGUUUCCCAAAUGUGGGGAAAAGCAGCAUCAUUAAUAGCUUAAAACAAGAACGAGUAUGCAAUGUUGGUAUAUCCAUGGGGCUUACAAGGAAUAUGCAGGCUGUUCCCUUGGACAAACAGAUCACGAUCAUAGAUAGUCCAAGUUUCAUUGUGUCACCACUUAACUCAGGUGGACCAUCUACAAGAUCUUUUAUUAUCUUGGAUGAAAAGACUAAAGAGGAUGAUGCUUAUGACUUCAGCAGAGAUUAUGUAUAACAACUCGUCCUUUUAUAUGGAUUUUCUUAACAUUUCAGGCAAACUACUCAAGUGUUAAAUAUGUGUAAUGUGCUACUUCAAUUUUGGUAUAAUGUAAGCUGUAUAAAUUUUGUGAAUAUUAUGUAUACAUUAAAGCAACUAAACAAUUAAAGUAUCCACAUUUAACAAUAAAAAAA